AUGUUUGCUCUCCGUCGUCUUCCACCGAAAGCCUCUUUAUUGUCUACUGGACUCCUGUUCGAGUUUUCUUUCGCUGCUAUGCUAUCCAGAACCCCCUGGCGAGCAUUAGAACGAACUCGAUCUGGACGUUGGACAUCAGCACCUCCCACUAGUAAGACCAAGAAAAUCUGUAACCUACUCACAAACAUCAACACUACCGAUAUCAUGGCAAACCGCGAAAUCGAGUACCUUGUUCGACACCGAGUAAACCGACAAGAGAGCACUGUCAAGUUUCUUGUUGAAUGGACAGACGAUACCCCGCGAUCUUGGGAAGCCGAGGAAUAUCUACAAACGAUCGAUCCCAAAGCGCUCUAUAGCUACUGGGAAGAGCGUGGUGGGCGAGACCACGUCACACUACUUGUAGAGUUUCACGUCUACAAGGUGAAAUCGAAGGGUUGGAAGAGAGGAGAAUGGGCCUACAACUGUCAGUGGGUUGGAUGCCCGCCUGAUCAAAACACUUGGGAACCGGAGGAUAAGAUCUUAAGCAACGCUCCGGCUGCAGUUGCGGAUUGGGAGGCCCGAGAAGCCGCCCGUCAAGCCAGGGUGGAAGCUAGGAACGCAGGAAAGAAGUAG